AUGAGUGCCCAGCCUCUUCCAACUGUUCGCCGGCUCGUCACCGGUCACAACGGCGAGGGAAAAGCAAUUGUCUGGAAGGACGAUGAAAUCAGUGGAUCCCAGGCGGAACACGGACCUUUCCUGACACGCCUGUGGUCGUCAUCCGAACUGCCACCUGAUGUCAAUACCUCUCAGGACCUUGGACUAGUCGAUACAGGGCUGGCAAACAAUGGCACAAUAUGCCGAGUCGUCGACUUUCCACCAAAAUCUGUUGGCAUGGUCCACCGAUCAAUCACUCUCGACUACAUCUACGUUCUUGAAGGAGAAGUCACUUUAACUCUCGACGAUGGCUCCCGGACAAAAGUGAAAAAGGGCGAAAUAGUGGUACAACAGGGUACAAUGCAUGGAUGGGAUAACGAGACUACAGAAUGGUCGCGGCUGUUAUGUAUUCUGAUUGCGGCGAAACCUCCAGUCGUGUCAGGUCGGGAACUGCAGGCCGAAGUUCCUUUCCAGGUGUAG